AUGGAUGCAAGAAAGGAACGUCCUACAUCAAGCGAGGAAAAAAAUGAUGGAGAUGAAAAUGAAGAAAAUGAGGGAGCAGCACCCCCUGCACAGGAAGUAGGAAGAGAGAGAAUGAUAGCAACAGCGUCAACCCUGGCGGGUGAAAAUCCUAGGCCUCCAAUACAGGAGACUCUUGAGGGCGAGAUGCUCUAUCCACAACCAGCACAGAUUGGUUCUGACAUUUGCGGGUAUUAUUCAGUUGAUGCUCUUGAUUUAGAAGAAGAACUGGAAGUAAUUGACAUAAUGGAUGAUGGCAACGGCCAGCUGGAGAUCUUGGCGAUGUCAGUUGAAACAUCUCCAGCCAUUGUGGCUGGACUUUGA